UGAUGUUGGAAACUUUGUCUUGUGUCUUCAUAGCAUUCACACAAAGGAAAAUUCUGUGAAUUGUGUGCAUURUAAAGGUUCCAGUAGUAUAAAUACGAUUGGUAGUGAYACCAGGCAUUGUUGUAUAAAUCAUUUGUUGGUCUUGGAUGAUCACCCACUGCACCGCUAUCAGUCGGUACCAAGUUUGUAGGAGGACAAAAAGAACAGUGAUUCAURCUUUUUAUAUAACGGAAUUCAAAGGAGAAUUAAGCUCACAUAAUAAGCAACCUUUUUUGGCCUUCAAGACUAUCAAAAAGCGUUCGCUCCGCUAUAUUGUCAAUUAUCGUCAGGCGUUCCUUCCAUAAAGCGCGCAAACUGGGGUCUAAUAUGCAAAUUACCGGCGCGCGGACAUUAACAUUUUGUUUGCAAACAUGGCGGAAUCAUCAGGGGAAAAUGUGUGUGAUUUUAAAGGAUGUGGGAAAAAGUUCAAGAAAAAGCAAAGGUUGAUCGAGCACAAGCGAUCRCACACUGGAGAGAGACCAUGUUUGUGUACAGAAUGCAAUAAAACAUUUGUGAGAGAAAUGCAUCUGAAGCGACAUUUACUCAGUCAUAAUGGAACCAAACCUUACAGUUGCUCUUAUGCYGGCUGCAAUCUCAUGUUUACCACAAAGCAUUUCAUGAAGAGGCACCAGGAAAGAGCACACAAUAGGCCAUUCAAGUGUACUUAUGAAGGAUGUGACAAGACAUUCAACAAAAGAAACCACUUGAAGAUUCACACAUAUGUUCACACAAAAGAAACACCUUUCAGAUGUAAAGAAAGAGGAUGUCACUAUUCGUUCGACACUCCCACAAAACUGCGCAAACACACAAAAUUACAUGAUAUGGGCUUUCAUAACUACUUUCCACGGAAGAGGAAUGAUCUUCAUGCACAUCGAUGGUUAAAGAAGCACAUCAUCUCACACAAGUGCCCUAUAUUCUGUCCAUGUUAAAAAUGGCAAUUAUCAGGUCUUUUAAGUAGUUUUCUUUGUGGCCUCUAUUUUGCUAAGGUUGUAAGCUCCAUAAUAGGUCUUUUGCAUCAAUCCCAUGACCACACCUCCUGCAAAUCAACAAGCUACAUUUACUUCAGAUUAGCGUCCAAAAACUGAAAGAGGAGGCUGAUAACAUUAAUAUGGAUAAUUUAAAUCUAGUUAUCUUUCUUUCUCAAUCAUGAKUUCCUCUCAAUCCUGCUACAUCAAUCUKGUGGCAAAAUCUCUAGCACUGAACAAAUUUUUAGGUAAACUUAAAUCCAGGACAGCACUUCAUUCAGUGGGCCUCCUCCUCAAGUUAAAAAUGAGACAAACACUUAACUCAGUGAUGCAUCCCAUCAGCUUUUGGCCUCUUACUUGCAGACUUUGCAGUGCUUGAAAUAUUCCAGGUUCAGGCGAGUAUGUACUUGGCUGUGGCCAAACAGAUGCAACAGUAAACCUUUUGGGAAUGAUCUAUAUCAAGAUCCUCCGCUCAGCAGGUUUCAUUACCACAAACUCAUUUUUUGAUGAGCUUUUAAAUGGAGUGUAUUCAUGUUACCUAUUGAUGCAAAAGAUCUAUACAAGUGGCUUUUUUAAUGUGUUAUAAAAAUCAYCUAUAUUUUCAAGUAGAAUAGGUCCCACCRCUCCUAGAUAAUGGCCAGGUGGAGUCUCAACAUUUUUGGCCCUGGUCUCCCAUGUAAAGACCCCAAAUUUCGCAUAUAUAAUCAUUCAAGUUGAGAACCCUGGCCAUUGUUAAUCAAUCGUCUUCGUGAAAUAUAACCCAAAUUCACAUUAAUUUUCUAAUCAAUGGGAAACAGUUUUCAUGGCUGUUAUGUCUUGUGCAUCGUCAUCUGAAAUAGGUUAUAGCUAUUUCAAAAAAGGUUGUCGGAUAAAAUGGCAAAUGUCAGUGGUCGAACGGCAAUUGCAUGACCAAAAGUAGCCAUGGGUUUUGCUGGUUGAAAGGCAAUARCAACUGAUUUGUGCUGUAAGAUGGUCUGUGGUAAACAUUGACUCCAUUUCUAUGUAAGGUGAUUCCAAUAAGUGAAAUUUUGUUUAUCAAAAGAGUUUUUAAACCAUAGUCCCUUUCGGCCAUAUAAUCCCACUUCAACAAUUGCUGUUCACCAUUCUCCAUGACAACGUUUUUUGAAAUAGCUGAAUGUCCUUUUUUCAUCGAUCAUUCUUGUUGUUAAYCCCAGCCUUGGUAGUGUUAAUGUGUGUUUAGUACAGUGUUUAAUACAGGAUAUUUUGGGGAAUAAGACUAUAUAGUCAUCAUAGUCAUAACAUUWCCAUUCCAAAAAAGGCUCAGGGUUUCAAUUUUGAAGAUGUUCAGUCUGUACAUAUUGUUGAUAUAUAAUCAUGUUUUCAAUUUCAUUUUUUUUUUCAAACACAUUUGGCAACUUCAUGUCAAAUUAACAUUCUCUCUAUGAGAGAUUUGAGUUCUAGAAACUGCAAKAGCCUACUCUUUUUCUUUAUUGUUUUUUUCUCGCCAUGUUUUGUAUUAUGAACUUACAGUUUAGAGUAACAUUCAAAAUUGCAAGCAAAAAUUAAGGGGAGCUUUGGAAAAAUACCCACAUGCAUGAAUGGACGCCAUACAAAAAAUCRUCUGUUACUAAGUAAAAAACAAAAUAGAGAGGUAGAAUUAAAAUAAGUGUGGGUAGAAAAUGGGAAGAAAAUACCAUAGUGAGUGGAGGGUUUUCAUCACCUUUAAGGGCAUGGUUCACCUAAUACCUUUUUGCAUUAUAAUAUAAUCAAAAACAUACUCUCUAUUAUUCAUUUUAUGCUAUAUGGAGAUAUUGUAAUGUUCAAAGAAAAAACGAUAGAUUGAAUCAGAUUGCAUUUAGGCUAAAUAUUUCUAAAUUGAAGUCACCUCAUUUUCCCUAUAUGAAAAWUCUAAAAAAGGUCCCACUUUGAUUGCUGUUGGACCAUGGCCCAARUAACUUUAGGGUUGCACUAGUUUAACUAAAGCAGAACCACUUGAAUAUUUCCAAUGUUUUUUGUGAACACUGUUUCCUAAAUCGGACAAAAUAUUGCAAACAGGUUGAGCGUUUUUUCAUUUCACAGAUUAAUUUCAAUUAAAAUUACACUUUAGUAUUGUAAAUAUGUUAUUUUGAAUUUAUUUUUCCAAAAAAAUCUAAUAAUUUCCAUAUUUUGGCGUUGAUGCACUUUCAAUAAAAAAAAACAAAAUCAUAAUCAAUUUUGAUCAAAAGCUUUAUAUUAUGUUAUUUCCCCAUAUUAUUUAUUUUGGAGUUAUUUAGGAUUAUAAACAGUAAUAUACACCAUUGGUUACUUGAUUAAAUUUUAUAUUAUAAUUAUUUUACAUGUAAAGUAUUAUCAUUAUUAAAGUAAAAUGAUUGUUUGAGUAGUUUAUCUUAGUGUAACCUCAUUUUAUGUAACCAUUUCAUUGUCAYCUGCUCUCGGUCUGAUCAUUUUGAUUCCUGUCCCCUUCAUGUUUCUYUACACCAUCUUGAAGAGUUUCUAUGCCUUUGCAUCAAUAGCUUUGAUGGAUACCUGUGAAUAAUUGCUGCUAUGCAAGGUUUUUUAUUGUUGCAUGCAGUGAUCUUGGACUUCACGUAACUUAGGCACAUAGCCAAGAGUCUUAGGCUCUCUCAAAAAGGGUUGAGCUCCAGUCCCCUUCRAGAGAACCCAAUACUCAGGCUACACGUGUGACAGAGAGAAUCGUGAACAAUGCUUUUUAUCAGAACUUAUCAAGACUAUUAAUAAUAUUAUUAUACAGAAUGAGUUUUACAUUUAAAGAAAUCUUGGUGUUGUCUGUUGGACAGGGCCCAUUCUGGUAAUUGUCUCCUUCAYUCUCAGCUAGCAUCAUCUUGAAAGUGGGGCAGAGUAUUGUGCAUAAAAUUAAUGUUCAAAGACUGUAUUUUAAGAGUUCUUGCAAAGGCACAUCCACAUUUCAAGAUACAUGSUUACGACAUAAAGCAGAAGUAGCUUAGGAAUAGUCAACUGUAGAUAUUUUGGUUCGAUGACUAUGUAAAAAKAAUGCACACGAGGCUCCAGGAAAACAAURGAUGAUCUUGAUUUAUUCUGUUAUUUCCCCRGAGCCUCGUCUGCAAUUCUUUUGUGCAKGGUCACUGAACCAAAAUAUCAUCUAAAGUCGGCUUUUGAAAAAUAUUGUUAUUGAAUUUAACAAGAAGCAAUAAAAUGUUCUUUCGCUUCACA